AUGACGGGCGGUCCAUCGUCGGCGAAUUCGUCGCAGCCCGAAGAAGUUUGUUUGGUUUGUCAGGAUAUUUCAACUGGAUACCAUUAUGGAGUUCCAUCUUGCAAUGGAUGCAAAACGUUCUUUCGUCGAACAAUUAUGAAAAAUCAAUCAUUUCAAUGUCAAUUCCAGAAGAAAUGUCCCGUUGAUAAAAGUGUUAGAUGUGCAUGUCGUCAUUGCCGUUUUGAGAAAUGUUUACAAGUUGGAAUGGAUCGAAAUGCAAUUCAACAGAAUCGAGAUCCAAUUGGAUAUACUAAGAGAACAAGAAGAUAUCCCCCAAUUAAAAAGAUUGAAGCCAGUGAAGAGUGCUCUCCGGCUAUGAUCUCGGAAAGCGAUCGAAACGAAGAUAAUUUUCUUGCAAUGUUAUCAAACACUGAACAGAAAUGUUGUGCUCUUCGAUUAGCUGAAUACAUGCCUUCAAGGACACUUUUAGAAGCUGUCGUUUCUCCGUGUCUUCUGGCUGAUGACGCCUUUAUGGCUGAGCAUGCAAUUUUGUCCCCCCGUCAUCGAGUUAAUGAAAACAAUUUACGAUUUGCAACUCAAACUGAUUAUCAUUAUUGGCAUGAAAGAGAUUGGUUUGUGAUGAUUGAAUGGGCAAAGACAUUACCUGUAUUUCAAUCUUUGCCGUUUCCAGACAAGCUAGCCCUUCUCCGUCAUUCUGCAAUAACGUAUCCAUCUCUCGUCCAUGUUUUCAAUUCACCCGAUCAUGGUCUCGACACAAUUGUUUUCCCAGAUGGUGCUUAUUUUGAUAGAACACCCGAACCAACAAGACCUUUAGGAUUCAAUAAAAAGAAGUAUCAAAUGUUGGACCAACUACUCAAACCGAUGAGAUCCAUGCAAAUUGAUAUGACUGAAUUCUCUGCAUUCAAAGCCAUAUUUUUCUUGAAUCCUGAUGCCGACGACGUGGAUUCGGCAGCGAAGAAAAUGCUGAGUGAUGGAAGAAGUGCAAUUACAAAUGCUCUUUAUCGUUAUAUGGUUAAAAAGAAGGGAGCAGAAGAUGCAGGAGAUCGAUUCGGUCGACUACUUCUCCUAGGAACUGUACUUGCAACAAUGGCAGUUGAAAUGAAAGAAGCAGUUCUCGUGGCUGAUUUCUUCGAUCAAAUUCAAUUUUCGACUUUCGCCAAACAACUUUUGUUUGGAAUCAAACAGGAAACAUGA